CAACACAGUCCGUUCCAUCUUCCUCUUCGACAAGAACAAGAUUUUCUCUUUUUUUAAAUGGAGAAACCUGGAACAUCGGAGCAACCCUCGUCAGACAGGAAUGAGCCCAAGUACAAGGGUGUGCGGAAGCGAAAAUGGGGGAAGUGGGUGUCAGAAAUCAGGCUGCCAAACAGCCGGGAAAGAAUUUGGUUAGGAUCAUUUGAUACGGCAGAAAAGGCAGCCCGUGCAUUCGACGCUGCCUUGUAUUGCCUGCGCGGGCGAGAAGCAAAGUUCAACUUCCCCGAUAAUCCACCAGAUAUUGCCGGCGGGCAGUCACUUAGUCCACAAGAAAUCCAAGUAGUUGCAGCGAGAUAUGCGAAUGAAAACUCAAGUCCGUCAUCGACGACUAGAAAUAUCAGUCGUAGCAUUACUAGCGCGGGUGAAUCAUCAUCAUUUCAAGUUAUGGAUCAGUGCCUCUCGUCGUCAUCAGAUGGGGGGGCAGCCCAGGUGGAUAAUGACGCUGCAACAAUAGAUUGGUCAUUAAUUCUGAAUGAGUUGGACUCUAAUGAAGGUGCUCCAGAGUAUGGACUUUAUCCAGGGAUGGACAAUGAGUAUUAUCCACCAUCGCCACAUUCAUUCGUUCUUGAUCAUGAUAAUAAUAAUAAUAAUGGGAAUGAUGAUGAUGAUCAAAAUGGGGAUGACGCUUAUUCCCAGCCAUCAUUUCUCUGGAACUUUUGAAGCUUGUAGAAGGAUUUCAUCAGGAGUUGCGCACAUUUUAGCUGACGAGUCACUGAUUUUUUUUUCCUUCAAAUUUAUAUAUACUAUAUUUGGGCUGGCGGGAAGUUGAUGCUUACAUCUUAUCAGAGGAUGAAAGGGAAAAGGACAGCACAUAUGGUGAUUAAAUAAGGUAAAUUAUAUAAUAUGUUUAGAAUAAAUGUUUUUUUUCACUCGUGUAUAAAUAUGAGAUUUAUUUAAUUUCUCAUAUUUUAUGCUUUCAUUUAUACGAGGGUACGGUUCACUAAAAUAUAGUACUUCAAAUAAAUAUAUUUAAUAAUUUUUAAAGUAGCAGGACUAAUUAAUAAUGUAUAUUUCAAGGUUUUUUUUUUAUGAAAAUAUAUUUGCAAUCGUUAAGAAGCCUUUUUAUAAUGGAUACGCAUUACUUUUCAGCAAAUUAUAUGGUCCUGAUAUGUAUGUGCACCAUUAUUCAUAAAGGAUGCAUCCUACAUUUUUAUAUUUAAAAUAAAAUUGAUUUGUUA